GUAUCCUGCAUGCAAUCAGGAACCUGCUGCAUCGCUCGCCGCCGAAAACUGCCGUGUCUCUGGCCAAGUCGUCGUUUCUUUGUUUCACGGCUAUCUCCAGCCAAUUCCACUGCGAAUAUUUGAAUCACAAACCUGACUCUAGUUGAUGGACGUCGAAGGCACUAUACGUCUGUCUGUAUCGCCGGCAGGAACGCCGACAAUCGUCCAUGGGCCAUCGAGCCCGACAAAGAGCGUUUACCUAGACAUGGACGACGCUACACCGAUUGCAAGGGACUACGAUCCGCGGCGGAGGAACUUUUUCGACGACAGCUCUGAGGAUGAAGUGGAAACGGCAGACGAGCUCGGAUUUGGCCAGAGAGUACCGCGAGAUCCUAGCACGGGCAAGCGGCCUUUGUCCCUCGCAGAACGCAAAGAAGCCAAUUACCUUGGAGCAAGGCCUUCUGAAUACUCGUUUGUCUGCGGUGGGGAUAACAGACAGCCAGCAUAUGCUCCCGGAGCGUUUCCAGAGUCUUCGUACGACGGGUCUACGGAAGACCUACACGGCAGCAAACAAAAAGACAAGCGAACGCAAUCAAGCACGACGUUGCGAGGCCCAUAUGCGACGUCGCUGCGGAUACCAGACGCCUUUGAAGACGAUGAGACGCACUCGAGCUACAGCCGGACGGACGAGAACAUCCUGGGCGUGCACGCCAUAACGCUGCAGGCGCUGCUGCGCGACGGAGAGGGUCUGCACGCCAGCACCACGCGGCGCAAGUCCAUGUCGUCAGACCGGCGCUCCCGGAACGAGCGCGAGCCCGACUCUUCCUCGCCUCCGCCUAUACCGGUGCCUGCUCCUCCCAAGAAGAUCUCACUCGCCCUGCCGCCGCCCCCUAUAGAUGCUUAUUUGCGGCCCCCUCGCAGUGAGGAGCACAAGGUCCUCCGCACGCCUUACCCCUUCUCGCAGCAGCAGCAACAGCAAACAUGGCACCAGCCCUGGCAACAUCAGUCUUCCCCCUACCAACAACAACAACAGCAGAAGCAGCAGCAACAGCAACAGCCACAGCCGCGCAAGCCAUCAUCUCCCAAACCCUCCCCCCUCUCCAUCACCACGACCCCAACCUCCCACCCCACAAUCCUGACGCUCACGCUGCGCCGCCGCCCCGACCACAUCUCCCCCCGCAUGGGAAGCAUAACCAUCCCGGCCGACCUGCGCACCAGCAGCACCCGGACCAGCAGCAGUAGCAGAAGCAGAAGCAGAAGCAGCGCGGCGCCGAGUCCGCUCAGCGGCGAAAAAGGCGGAGCUGUAGCAGCGGCGGCAGCAGCAGACUUUGACGACGCGCGCUUCUUCGCCGCCCUGCGCAGCGAGUACGCCCGCCUCGCGGGGCCCUGGCGCCGCUUCAGCGCCCGCCGCCUCGCGCGCAUCACGGUCGGGCAUGCGAGCGCGUGGGCGGGCUCCGCGUGCUUGCACCAUAGUCAUAACCAUGACCACUAUAAUGUGCUUGGCAACUAUUACGCGCACAACAGCACCCACAACACCAACAACCUCAGCAACACAACGACCAACACGACCACCACGGCCGCCAGCAGCUGCGGCGGCGUCGGCGGCAUCUGCGGCAGCGGUGGUGUCGCAAACAUAACAACGUGCCCCGUGCAGCGCGCCGAGGCGCUGGCGCAGUGUUCGGGCGGCAGCGGGGGGGCAUGCCUCUGCCCCCCGCCCCCGCGCUUCCUGACCUCCCGUGGCUUGGCGGAGCAGUUCUCGGAGGAGAGUUUGUGGCGCCUCUACCGCGGGCCGAGGGCGGGGCGGCGCCGCUUCGCGUGGGUGCACUGGGCGCAGCGGCUGGCGAUGCAGGGGCUGCCGCAUGCGCGCGAGGGGGGCUGUCCGGUCAGGAAUAGUGUUGUUGGGUUGGGACUGGGGGUGGGGGUGAAGGACGGGGGCAGUGGGGAUGCGGACGCAGAUACAGAGAGAGGCGACGGAGCCAGCGAAGGAGCAGCAGCUUCUGCUCGCCGCAGCGUCGCGGCGCUCGAGUUCGUCGAGGCGUGGGCGGCUGGCCGGGUCGUGGGCGCGCUGGCGGCGGUGCUGGCGCUUGCAGCUGCCGCUGUCGUGCUCUGGGUUGUGCUGGGGCCGAGCGAGGUCGGGCAUGGGUCUGUGAGUGCGGGUGGGGUGGGUGGCGGGGUGGGCGGGGGAACGGGAGCUGAUGUCGGCGUCGUGGUACUGGGGUUUAGAGGUGCAGGAUCCCGGGUUGGUACGGCGGUUUUAGUGGCGCUGGGGGUUUUGCUCGCCGGGUGGACGGUUGUGGCUGCUUGGUGCUGGGGGUCGUGGGUUGUGGGGUAGGGUCUAGAGCACUUUGGGGUGGUGAGGGGGGUGGUUUGGGUGUGUGUGUGUGUAUAUAGGUAU